UCUGAGCAAUCCAAGAUGGCCAGGAACUGCUCCGAGUGCAAGGAGAAGAGGGCGGCACACAUCCUCUGUACCUACUGCAACCGCUGGCUGUGCAGCUCCUGCACGGAGGAGCACCGGCAUGGCCCUGCCCCCGGGGGCCCACUCUUUCCCCGGACCCAGAAGGGAUCUCCAGGAGUGAACGGUGGUUCUGGAGACUUCGCCUUGUACUGUCCUCUACACACACAGGAAGUGCUCAAGCUAUUCUGCGAGACCUGUGAUGUGCUCACAUGCCAUAGCUGCCUCAUGGUGGAACACAAAGAACACAGGUGUAGACAUCUUGAAGAAGUUUUGCAAAACCAGAGGAUGCUUCUGGAAAGUGUGACUACACAGGUGGCGCAUAAGAAAUCUAGUCUACAGAUAUCUGCAAAGCAAAUUGAGGACAGGAUUUUUGAGGUGAAGCAUCAGCACAGGAAGGUGGAAAACCAGAUCAAAAUGGCCAAGAUGGUUCUGAUGAACGAGCUGAACAAACAGGCCAAUGGGCUCAUAGAGGAGCUGGAGGGCAUUACUAAUGAAAGGAAGCGGAAGCUGGAGCAGCAGUUACAGAGCAUCAUGGUUCUCAACCGUCAGUUUGAGCAUGUGCAGAAUUUCAUUAAUUGGGCCGUCUGCAGCAAAACCAGCAUCCCUUUCCUUUUCAGCAAAGAGCUGAUUGUGUUUCAGAUGCAGCGAUUGCUGGAGACCAAUUGUAACACAGACCCUGGUUCCCCUUGGAGUAUCAGAUUCACUUGGGAACCUAACUUCUGGACCAAGCAGCUGGCUUCCCUUGGCUGUAUAACUACUGAGGGUGGACAGCUGUCCCCGACAGAUACUCCUGCUUAUGGAAGCUUACAGGGACCGUCAUCUUUUUAUCAAAGCCGCCAGUCCCCAGGGGCUCAGCAGGAGACUCUCAGCCGUGCCUCACACAGGCCCCAGUCUCCAGCACUGUGUUCCUCCUCUGUGUGCUGCUCUCACUGCUCUCCAGUCUCGCCCCCCCUCAAAGGCCAGGUCCCGCUGCCCAGCAGACACCCAGCCCACAGCUUUAGGCAGCCCUCUGAGAUGGUGCCCCAACAGCUGAGGUCACUGCAGUGCUCCCCACUGCUGCCCAGGGACAAAGAACUGCCCUGCCGUCCUCAUCCACCAAAGCUACUUCAACCCUGGUUGGAAAGCCAGCCCCCGGCGGAGCAAGAGAGCACAUCCCAGCGGCCGGGGCAGCAGCUGAUUUCCCAGUCCGUGUGCAUCGUCCCCCCGCAGGAUGUUCAGCAAGGAGCCCACACCCCGCCCACCUUUCAGACACCCUCUGUCCAGGUGCAGUUGGGCCACCACCAGAAGCUGAAGCUCAGCCACUUUCAGCAGCAGCUGCCGCCUCCGCCCCAACAGCAGCCACCCCCACCUCUCCCUCCAUCCCAGCAUCUGGCUUCUAGUCAGCACGAGAGCCCUCCUGGGCCUGCCUGUUCCCAGAAUGUGGACAUAAUGCACCACAAGUUUGAGCUGGAGGAAAUGCAGAAGGACCUGGAGCUUCUCCUUCAGGCUCAACAGCCCAGCCUGCAGCUGAGUCAGACCAAAUCACCUCAGCAUCUUCAGCAAACCAUCGUGGGGCAGAUCAACUACAUUGUGAGGCAGCCAGCGCCCGUCCAGUCCCAGAGCCAAGAGGACGCAGUGCAGGCUACAGAUGAGUCCCCAGCAUCUGAAGGCCCAAAGCCAGUUCUCCCUCUUGACAAGAAUACUGCUGCUAACUUGCCCCAGGCCUCUAGGGAAGAAACUCCUCACAGUGUUCCCACACUGGACAACGCCAUCCAGCACUCCUCUCCGAAUAUGGUGAGAAAGCACUCCACUUCUGUGAGCGUCAUGGGCUUUUCCAACACACUGGAGAUGGAACUGUCAUCUACCAGGCUGGCGAGGACCUUAGAGCCACAGAUCCAGAGUGCAAGCAGCCUGACAGCUGCCCCACCCCAGGUGGUGCCAAGCCUGCUGAGUGGCCCCCCACCAACCAUGUCCAGCCUGGUGGGCGGUCAGAACCAGGCUACGCCCAGCCUGACAGCCAGUCACCUGCCGACCGUGCCCAGCCUUGUGUGUGGCACACCCCACUCCAUGCCCAACCUGAUGAGUGAUCCCUCCCAGAUCAUCACAAGCCUGGCAAGUGAUCACUCUCCGACGGGGCCCAACCUGAUGUCUGGUCCCACCCACACUGUACCAAGCCUGGCAACUUGUCCUCUGCAGAGCGUGCCUCUGGCUUCUAACAUGCAGUCGGAAGCCGGAUCCAGCUGCAGUCCUGGCUCUGGCCGAACUGCAGGGAGCCUGUGCCCUGGGGAUGGGGCUGACCCCUCCCUGGGGAAUGUCUUGUGUAAGAUGGAAAGUGAGGAUUCUACCCGCUUCACUGACUCUCUGGGACAAGGCCCCACAGCCCCUGGUCCGGACACUUCCAAAGAUUCGGCUAUCCCCUCAGAACUGGAGGAGCCAAUUAACCUCUCUGUGAAAAAACCUGCGCUGGUCCCAGCGGUCAACAAAUCCGUGGCCCUGCAGCAGUACCAGAGCCCAAAAGAGUGUGAGAAUUUUGAACAAGGAGCCCUAGGCCUGGGUACAAAAGGGAACCAGAGCAUCAGACCCUUCAAUAGUGAGUCCAAGAUUCCCUAUGUGCGACUGGAGCGGCUCAAGAUCUGUGCUGCAUCCUCAGGAGAGAUGCCUGUGUUCAGGCUGAAGCCACAGAAGAAUGAGCAGGAUGGGAGCUUCCUGCUGAUCAUUGAAUGUGGUACUGAGUCCUCCAGCAUGUCCAUUAAGAGGCCACCAGAAGUGAAGAGUGCAUCUCCUGAAGAACACAGGCUCAUUCCUCGAACCCCUGGAGCCAAGAAGGGACCCCCAGUACCAAUAGAGAAUGAGGAUUUCUGUGCUGUGUGCCUCAACGGGGGAGAGUUGCUGUGCUGUGACCGCUGCCCCAAAGUGUACCACCUUUCCUGCCACUUGCCAGCCUUGCUCAGCUUCCCAGGGGGAGACUGGGUGUGUACCUUGUGCCGCAGCCUGACCCAGCCUGAGAUGGAGUACGACUGCGAGAAUGCCCGCUAUAACCAGCCUGGAGUGCAGGCCCCUCCUGGCCUGAGCACGUAUGACCAGAAGAAAUGUGAGAAGCUGGUACUGUCCUUGUGCUGCAACAGCCUCAGCCUGCCCUUCCACGAGCCUGUCAGCCCGCUGGCCCGGCAUUACUACCAGAUUAUCAAGAGACCCAUGGACCUGUCGAUCAUCCGGAGGAAGCUGCAAAAGAAGGACCCAGCUCACUACACCACCCCGGAGGAGGUGGUAUCAGACGUCCACCUCAUGUUCUGGAACUGUGCUAAGUUCAAUUAUCCCGACUCAGAGGUUGCAGAGGCAGGCCGCUGCCUGGAAGUGUUCUUUGAGGGCUGGUUGAAGGAGAUCUACCCGGAGAAACGGUUUGCUCAGCCAAGGCAGGAGGACUCAGACUCUGAGGAGGUGUCUAGUGAGAGUGGGAAUUCCACUCCCCAGGGCUUUCCAUGGCCCCGCUACAUGCAGGAGGGCAUCCAACCCAAGAGACGGCGGCGACAUAUGGAGAAUGAAAGAGCAAAAAGAGUGUCUUUCCGCCUGGCCAACAGCAUCUCCCAGGUGUGAGGGCUGGAAGGAGACCAAGUACUCCGGCAGCUGGUGCCCCAUCCUGUUGACCACUCCUCCCCACCUUUCAGCUCAUUCUCUUUGGAUUGUGGAUGUGAGACAAGUCUUGUUGAGCUUGUAGUGCCCUUCUUUGCCGUUCGCAUCUUACAGCAUUUAUUUGGGAGCCAUAGUGCAUCCACUACAGAGAAUAAACAGCAAAGGGGGGGGGUGUUCCCUAUUACCAGAACGAUCAGUUGUGUAGAGUCCACUUGACAAGACCAAGCCCAGUUAGGCUCGGGAGGACCAAACUUCCUUGGUGAAUUCUUUCUACUGAGGAAGGCCGACAUUUCUCACCUUUCAGUCAGUGUGCAGGGCUCAGGAGCAAUGUAUAUAUCUGAACACCUCCUGGGCCCAGAAGAGGGUAAAAGAAGGGAGAGAGGUUCUGACAUAUGGCAGGCCUGUGAUCCCUGGCCCAGCACAGCCAAAGACUGUCACUGUUUGCCUUUGUUUGGCCUGCUCGGACAGAGGCACUUGCCCUGGACAGGGCAACGAGGCUUCUAGAGGCCAUAGGUCUCAACUGGUGCCUAUUCGGGUUCUAACGGUUUUCAGGGUAUUUGUUUUUCAUGCCCCCUUUCCUGAUGCUGACUUAGGUGGCCGCUGUGAAGCUCUGGAUGGUAUGGCAUUCUUGAUGGGGCUGGGUGGCUGUGCAGAGACCACUUACAUCUUUAGGCUCAGAUUUCACUGGCAGGCUUAAGAAGAUGUUAACUUCAGAGCCUGCCAUCUGUGCCACUACUUUGGUGUCAGAACCUGCUUCUUAGAAGUGAUUGUUGGUGGCCACCCCUUCAUUAUGUCCAUUCAGAGGUCCAGACCCUGAGUUCUGCUUGGGAAAACUAUGAGGAAGCUGCUGUCUGCUUAACAUACAGAGGUUCCAGGCCAAGGAGAGUGACCCACAACCAGCUCACUCUGCUGGGUCUCUGCUCCUGCUUAGAGAUCCGAGUUCUCAACUUCUCCACUUCACAGAGCCAAAGAUCAGAAGUGAGUCCUCUGACUCGCCUGCCCUCAGGCUGUCCACAGCCCAGAAAAAGCCAAGACUCUGCUGGCAGCCUUUUUUUUGUUGGAGGUUGGAGAAGGCCCAAGGGGCCAACAGGAGCCGGACCUAAGCAUUUGUGGAAGUUCUGUCUGGCAUGGAAAAGGGGAAAACUGAGAGGCAAGAAGCCUCUUCGGUGUCCUUUGGUGACCCUGAAGCAACUUCAGGACUUUAUUUCUCCUAGAAUGCAGAGAGAAGUGUUCUGGAGGUCACAGGCACAGGAGCAGAGCUCCAGGCUGCAAUUUGGAUGGAUUGUUGUGGUCUGUGCAAGGUGUUUGGGAGGAAAAGGCAUAGGCAGAUGCUGGGGGUCAGGCCACCUCAUGAGCAAGGGCUUGGUUGAGAAGGAACCUAUUGCUGAUGUUGGCUUGGCCUGGGGACAGCUCUCCUUAGUACUGUCAUGGCUUAGCUAAUUUCAAGGGAGCUGUAGGUCAUGGCUUUACUUUUGCUAAGAGAUGCAGUUCAAGGAAGUUCUUAUUUGUAGGGCCCUUGUUAAUGGGAUAAUUUUGAUCAGAGAAAACAUUUCUUCUCUCCUUGUGAGUGGAUGGAACUGCUCAUUUCGUUUCCACCCAGGCUGAGAGAGCAUCUUCACUUCAAAGCAGACUGUGCCCACUGACUUGCCAUUCUUUCACCAGCACAUGCCAAGCUCUCCUAAGCAGAUGAACUUCCAUAAUCCUAUUUUCUACCUAUUUUCUAGUUUGGGGUAACUAUGUCUUGAAUAAUUCAGUAGCCAGGCAAUCUUUGCAUGUAACCCUCUACUCUUUGGAGCUUACAUGACUUUAUGGUUUGGGCUCUGACCACUUCCCUUUCAAUUUUCAAAUCUUUUUCUCUGUUUAGUUGGCUUGGCAAGGUUCUCUCUGUAAUUACCUCAUUAAUUCCUCCUCUUGGUCAUCUUUCCUUUGUGUGGCCCACCUUCACACCUUCUCUGAAUGAGCUUCACCAGUGUUUUGUGUUGGGCAGCUGGGUGAGGGCUAUGACAGGCUCAAAUCCAAUUGACAUCAUUCCCCAAGACCAGCUAAAAACCACAAACAUGAAGUAAAAUACCUAGUUAAGUGCUUGGCUUCACUUCUAUCAGUGAAGUUCCCAGCUUGGGUGUAGCCUGCUGGGCCAGGGGACCUUAGUAAUGUGGUAGAGAGUCACAUAUUCCCUUCCCACGGCAGAAACCCUGCAUGCUGAGAAGCUCCCUUUAGGCACCUGAGCAGCCGGGGAGGGGUGGGAGGUAGGGUGUCCUUACCUCCAAGGGUGCAAGGCCCUGGCCCACCAUCCCUACGUUGGUUACCCCACAACAGUGCCCUCUCCCUGGCUUUUCCUGUGUACUUAGCACCAGUGUUUUAACUGAUGGUUUUGUUUUGUUUUUGCAUGCAGAAAACAACAUGAUGUUUCAGAAGUAGAACAAAAGGCUACUAGCUGAGUGACUGACUUCACUGGCUCUUUGCUAACAUUUGAGCUAAUCCUGUUUUUGACUUAUUCCCAUAAUGGCCCCAUUUUGGAGUCAGUUAAGUCCUUUGGUCAUUGACAAAGUCAUGAAAUGGAAAUACAAUGAGUUCUGGGUUCUUAUGGUACAGAAUGCAGUCCUAGAAGAGAAAUUGGGUUUCUUGGGUAUACUGAGAAACAGAAGAAUGGAGUGGCUUCGGUUGAUGCAAAGGAGAUUUUAGUGCACGUUUCUAGAAAAUGGGUAGGUUGGCAUUGCCUAACUUCCAGCAAUUCCCAACUACACACCCUGCCUGUCUUUGCAGGUACCCCCUCCCUAGCAGCAGCCACCAGAUCCUCUGUAGGGUCUGCUCCACAGAAGACCCUACCAUCAACCCUGAUGGACUCUGGCUCUCUGUACCCAUUUCUGGCAACAGGUCUUUGCCUUGCCUCUAAGACCUAGACCUCUCCUUGUUUGUUCCUGGGCUCUGCUCUGCUUUCUCUCUCACUCCGUGGUGUCACCUACAGUCUUCUCUUCUGAACUCCUGAACUGAGACUUUGUUCUUUUUGGAUUACCAUCCCCUAGGCUUCCUCUUCUCCCACUCCUCCACUGCUAUUAAAUAAAUUGCCUGCUCCUUUAGCCCAGUUCCAAGAUUAGCUUUCUGUUCUCCCAGACUUUCAGCUUUCUCCUGGACUUCUUCAUCUCCUGAGCCUAAACCCGUGGCCCAUGACACACUGACGGUUUUGUCAGCAUCCUGAACUUCCUCAUCUCCUCCAACUUUUGCUGAAACUAUCAACCAUUCUCCAUUUUCUGCAUCAACCUAUUUUUUGCUCCCUUUUUCUGGGCUCCUAUGCAUGAAAAAUUCAGAGUUGACAGUCUCAGUUGGCCUCUCAGUAUUGAUUGGUGUGUCUUUGACUUGUUACUACUCUGCUUUCUAUCCAUGCCCUUCGUCUUUGCUGUCAGUAAAUGACUGGCCUCAUUGCCUACUUCACAGAAGAGAGGCCCUAAAGCAAAAACUUUCCUGUCCGUGUGCUCCUCUCCCCCUCCCAUCCCUCUGUGUCUGUAUCCCUCCUCAGCUCCUUUCCAGUUGCUCCUAUUUGGUGCUCUAUUCUUGAAUCCUGCUAUAUGUCUUCCAAGACUUUGCUCCAUUGCAUAUCCCACUGCUCCCAUUUUCCAGGGUCUUCAACCUCCCUCUCCAUUGGUUACCUCCACGUAGCUUACAAACAAAGUUCUCCCCAAGAUUACAACAAAAUUUCUUAGAGUCUGUUGCACUUACGGUUUUUUCCUCAAUAGCCAAGUUUCUUUAAAAAGACACUUUUCAUUGAUUUCUUCUUCAUCACUUUCCAAUCCUCUACAGAUUUUCACAGAAGUCACCAGUGACCACCCAGUUGCCAAAUCAAGCAAAUACCUUUCGGUCCUCAACUGUCUUGAACUCUCCACAGCAUUUCACAUCAUCUGCCACUUCCUGUUUGAAAAACCCUCUUCACUUGGCUUUCAUGACACCACAGUUCUCUGGAUUCCUCUUACCUCUCAGCCACACAGGCUGAGCCUUCCUUGAAAUAUUGACAGGGGGCACAUCUGUAGCUUUCUGUGGUCUCUCCUCUUCAGGAGCAGGAUAGGCAGGAGGAAGCACAGCUGUUCCUGCUCCCUACCCUCUGUGUCUGCCUGUUCUCUUUGAGUUCAUUUCUUCUCCUGGACUCAGUUCUCCUCAUGCCAGGCAUGUGUAUGAGCUCUGCUGGGAGGACACCAUCUGUGAUUCUUUCUGUCUCUCUCUCCCAGUGCAGCACAGAGACAGAUUUUAGCCAUGUUUGCUAAGAGGCCCCGUAUAAAUCAGCCCAAGAAUGUGGAUUGGAUCUUACCAAGAAGAAAUUUGGUAAGCUGGAUUACCCAGCCGGUGGGCAGCUCAUCACCAGGAUCCUCAUACCAGUUAGAGCCUGCCUUAGUCGGUAAGGUCUUGGAAUCAUGGUAAGCAUGUUUCCAUGCAUGGUUCAGUUCUGCUAGCCAGGAGGAGAAUCCUGGCAGGGGUGGGUGUCUGCCACUGAUAACAUUCUGAUGGAGGGAAACUGGGCAGUGCUGUGAUUCAUCACUUGCUUGGGUUUCAGCUGGGGUCAGUCUGGC